UGGCGUGUCACGACUGCGAAAGCGUGGACAUCAUCUUGUCCAGAUCCGAUUGGAAAUCGAACCCCACGUUGUACCAACAAUUCCGACGCUUGUCCCCGUUCUUAACCUUAGCCGGACUUUAUCGAUGGCCCAAGAAAUGCACACGCUGCGCUAAAAUACAAUCGUUUCUAUCAUGGAGUCCGUGUAUCUUGCUGUUUCUCUUAAUGGUUUCCUCCGCACUGGAGCGUCUCAUUGUCACCUGUAUAGAUGACCUCGGGAAACACAACACGGCGGGAUUUGCCGGUCAGCUGCGUUUAGUCACAAUGGCGUGUUUCCGUUUAUCAGCUGCCAUCACAAUACCGCUUAGCUUCUACAAAACGCGCAAACUAGACGCCGUGAUUCGUACCAUUUCCGUCUUAUGUGACGAUGUGUUUAACCAGCAACCUUGGAGAAAUUACAAGACCAUACUGGCUUCCAUUUUGGCAAUGCUCGCAGCGUAUUUCUUUGGUUUCUUUAUCUUAUGCAGCAGUUUCUGGUUGAUGGAUGUCAUAGUUUAUCAGCACACGUGGCAAACCCUUACGUACUCGUUUUUCUUGCUGCUAACACGCAUUGCGGCCAUGCAUAUUCGAAUGAUGUUCUACGUACUGGUGACCUCGGUGACCACGGUUAUUGGGUUGCAGUACACCGUUUACUGCAAGAAACUGAAGACCUUGUUUCGCGACAAGCAUUCGUGUGAAAUAAAAGAGCUCAAGUUACGACAGAUUUUGGGUGAUCAUCGUGCGUUGUCGCAAGCUGUGGAGACGCUGAAUAAGAUUCUGUCACCAAUCUUGUUAGUGACGGUUGCGCUGGAUUUAGCGGUGACCAUUUUUAUUUGUGCGCAUGUGUUCGACGGGUCGACAGUCGCCGAUAGGUUGGUGUAUGGAAAGUUGACGCACUCGUCCGCGUUAUCAACUGUUGUCUGCGCGCUGGAUUUGACAUGGAUGAUGUGUGUGCUGUUCGGACCGAUUGUGACGUGCGCUUACCUAAACCAGCAGGGAGAGCGGUUAGUGAAGCCCAUAAUGCUGUUCGUCGGGCACGAAAACCAGGAGUGUCAGUUUAAACACGAACUAACCAACAAAGCCACGGCAAUUAAAGACUUCCCGCCGGUACUAACGCUAUGGAAUGUCAUUGCUCUGGACAGGAAUGUCUUUCUUGUGGUGUUGGGCGUGCUUGGGACUUAUCUGUUCAUUAUUUUGGAGAUAUCCCAGCGAUAUGAAAACAUUACUGGUUUGGCUGAGCUUGUCAAUGAUACUAGUCUGAAAAAUCAGACCCAUCGGUACAAUAAUGUUAUUUUGACGCGUUGGCUGUGAAGCAAAAAUGUAUAAUAUGUUUAACAUAUAAAACAGUUACCGCAGGUGGCGCAAUUGGAAACAUUAUUAUGUGGUACAAAGGGUUUGUGUACAUGAUGGGUAUACUGUAUACAUAGUAUCAUUUGUGUGAUUUACGGUAACCCUUCACAGAUUUUGCUAGAACUGUUUUAUGCAGCCUUAAUUCAUACAUUUUGCUGUACUCUGGUUAACCACACAACAUUGUUUUUUACAA